GAUGCUGUCUAUUUUGGGAAACAAAUUGGGUGCAUAUCAGUUGUAGUUUGUUUGAUUUAUUUUUAUACAGUUGUAUGCAGUACUGUACUAUAAAUUAUUAUAAUCAACAUCCUUUUAAUUUAUUCCCUUGUUACAAUCCUCCUGUUUGUCCACCAUUCAUAACUCUCACAUGAUCUAUUUUGUACAUGUUGCUGUCUCAGACCUUGCUUUAGUGGUAUGGCAGCCGCAGACAUGACGAUCAGACUAAAGGAUAAACUGUGACUCACAAUCUUAAACAUGUCACUGUCCUCACAGAGUACUGUUUAAAUUUCAGUGAAUAAAUUAAGCCUUUUUAUUUCAAUAAAAGUAUUUUCAGGAGACUUACAUUCCAGAAAGGUUAGAUUCUUACUGAUUUUGUGAUAUGGAUGGGUUUGCUGUAACCGUUCUAGUUUGGUGUUGUAGACACAAUGAGGAGAGGUACUCUUGACCAUGCUUGAGUGUGUUUUAUUUCAGGUCACUGCCUCUUAGGACACUCAGGACAGGGCGAUGGCAGGUCUCUGCCUCUGAGGACACUCGGGACAGGGCGGUGGGCCUUUUCUCUAAACCAUGUUCUGGAACAAUCCAUACCCGGAUACAGCAAUACAUGCAAGAUUGUUAGUAACAGUACACAACAUUUUCAGUAGAAAGAAACCACUGAAAUAGUUUGCUUUCUAAUAAUUGUACAAUUCCGUAACUGAUCAUUUUGUAAAUGAAUGUCUCCAUCAGUCAUGUUUUAAAUGCUUGUUGAAAACCCACUAAAUAAUUUACAAAGUAAUUUUGUUGUAUGAGGUGAGACUAGAACAGCAUUUGAUAAUGGGUAAAUCAUAUGCACAAUAAUUUAGAUUCACGUGGUAUAGCCGUAGCCCCAGCAGUAUGUCUUGUCUCAGGCAGCAAGUAGAUGGCGUCUGACUACAACACAACCAAUACAGUGAUAGCUGAGUCACACAACUAGGUCCUACUGUGGCAACAGUAGCCUACAGAAACUGGUGUAGAGCCCUUUAGCGCUUGGCAAUUAUCGGGAAUCGUCUUGAAGAUGCUGUCGAUAACGUUGAAGACUCUUCAGCAGCAAACGUUUAAAAUAGAAAUAGAUCCAGAACUAACGGUAAAAGCCCUGAAGGAGAAGAUAGAGACUGAAAAAGGGAAGGAUGGCUAUCCAGCCACAGGGCAAAAGUUAAUCUACGCAGGCAAAAUUUUGAAUGAUGACAUACCUCUAAAAGACUACAGAAUUGAUGAGAACAACUUUCUGGUGGUCAUGGUUACAAAGCCCAAACCUCCAGCUACUCCACAGAUUUCUCCUCUGGCAGCCCCAGCCUCUACCCCUGCUCCAGCCCCUGCACCUCCUGCUGUUUCUGGGCUGUCCCUCUCUGACAUUGCCCGACCUACCUCAUCCCCUGCCCCCAUGGAGAUCUCCACCCUGUCCCCUACAUCCACACCUGCCCCUGCCUCAAGCCUCACACAAGCAGUGGAGUUCUUCACACCCCCUGCACCAGCCCCUGUUUCUAUUCCCCCUGCAGCCCCAGCUGCAGCAGCAUCCUCCCUCUCAGAGGUCAAGCCUGAGGGGGAGCACCCUGAACAGCCCUUUGCUACACCACCAGCCCUCUCCUCCUCCAGCAUUGUUGAUGACUUAAGUCUCCUGGAAGAAGCAGCGUCAAUACUGGUGACAGGACAGGCAUAUGAGAAUCGAGUGUCUGAUAUCAUGUUUAUGGGAUAUGAAAGGGAGCAGGUUAUUGCAGCGCUGCGAGCCAGUUACAACAACCCAGACAGAGCCGUGGAGUACCUGCUAAUGGGGAUUCCAGCUGAGGCUGACCUUCUGCCACCGGAGUCGUUCCUACACACAGCUCUGGCCAACCUCAACCCCACUGCCCCAGCCCCUGCUCCAGCCACAGAUAGAGCCCAGCCCCCACCAGCAGCCACGACAGGCGCAGUGUCUUCAACCCAGCAGCCCCCCUCACCUGGUGGGCUGACUGGUGGUCUUACUGGUGGUACUGGUGGAAGUACUGGGGGUGAGAACCCCCUGGAGUUUUUGAGGAACCAGCCACAGUUCCAGCAGAUGAGACAGGUCAUCCAGCAGAACCCAGCUCUCCUUACUGCACUGCUCCAGCAGCUAGGCAGAGACAACCCCCAGCUGCUGCAGCAAAUUACCCAGCACCAGGAGUGGUUUGUGCAGAUGCUGAAUGAGCCCCAAGGAGAAGAGAUGGUAGAGGAGGGAGUUCAGUCCCAGGGGGCGCCACAGACUAACUACAUCCAGGUCACCCCACAAGAGAAGGAGGCCAUCGAGAGGUUAAAAGACUUGGGAUUUCCAGAGGGACUUGUCAUUCAAGCAUAUUUUGCAUGUGAGAAGAACGAGAAUUUAGCUGCUAAUUUCAUGCUCCAACAAACAUUUGAUGACGAGUGAAUGUGCAUGCGUCAGCAUGAAGGGGAAGAAUGGAGGGUAGUGAUAGUGCUACAAAAUGUGAUUUGGAAGGAAGGAGUGGAAAAGGUUACCAAAAGUGACUUGUCAUUGGACAAAGACGUGAUGUUUAGUUACUGUAAGCUAUGCCUUCUCCAUUCUCUCUGAGUAUGUUAGCUCUCAGUGGUCUCUCUUGCUCACUGCUGCUAUUACUGCUGCUAUCACUGCUGCUAUCACUGCUGCUUUAACUGCUGCUAUCACUGCUGCUAUCACUGCUGCUAUUACUGCUGCUAUCACUGCAAUUAUUGCUGCUAUUACUGCUGCUAUUACUGAUGCUAUCACUGCGACCAUUGCUGCUAUUAUUGCUGCUAUUACUGCUUCUAUUACUACUGCUAUCACUGCUGCUAUUACUACUGCUAUCACUGCUGCGAUUACUGCUGCUAUUACAGCUGCUAUUACUGCUGCUAUCACUACUGCUAUCACUGCUGCUAUUACUGCUGCUAUCACUGCUGUAUUACUGCUGCUAUCACUGCUGUAUUACUACUGCUAUCACUGCUGCUAUCACUGCUGCUAUUACUACUGCUAUCACUGCUGCUAUUACUGCUGCUAUCACUGCUGCUAUCACUGCUGUAUUACUACUGCUAUCACUGCUGCUAUCACUGCUGCUAUCCCUGCUGCUAUUACUGCUGCUAUCACUGCUGCUAUUACUGCUGCUAUCACUGCUGUUAUCACUGCUGCUUGUGCCGUGUCCAUCCAUAGAGUUACAGUGGAUGUCUGCUUCCCCAUAUAUUGCUUUUCAACCUCUCUUAAAGGAAACCCCAAACAUACUUUGAUUUGUGUUUGCUAUGUGGGCCUCAUCUCUUGGGAGAAUAUACUUGAGUUUCCCGUGAUAAAGUGACAAAACCAGCAAAAUGGCCAUGGAACUUGUUUAUUGUUUGUUUUUUCAUAUAAAGGUAACUCAGAUAUUUUGUAAAUUAAAUGUCCUAUCAAUGUUGGAAAGCUACUUUGGCACUUUAUUUUACUUUUACAGAAUUAAUGUUUCUAUUGUUUAUGUAUAAUAAUUUGUGUAAAAGAUAAGGAAGUUAUGUUAUUGAUAAGUGUCAUCAUAUUGAAAUGUGAUGACACUGUAAGAUGAGACAUAAUGAGAAAUCCUGGAUUUGGUUCCAGAUGUGUCCCAGUGUAGUUUCACUGUAAGAUGAGACAUGAUGAGUAAUCCUGGAUUUCAGAUCAAAUAAAUUCAAAGUUUAUUUGUCACGUGUGCCGAAUACAACCUUAGAGUGAAAUGCUUAGUUACAGGCCCUAACCAACAGUGUAGAAAAUAGGUAUUAGGUUAACAAUAGAUAAGUAAGGAAAUAAAAAACAACAAUGAAAGACAGUGAAUAAUAACAGUAGUGAGGCUAUAUACAGGCACCGGUUAGUCAGAUGAAUUGAGGUAGUAUGUACAUGUAGGUAUGGUUAAAGUGACUAUGCAAGUAUGAUGAACAGAGAGUAGCAGUAGCGAAAAAGAGGGGUUUGCGGGUGGCGGGACACAAUGCAGAUAGUCCCGGUAGCCAAUGUGCGGGGGCACCGGUUAGUCGGGCUAAUUGAGGUAGUAUGUACAUGAAUGUAUAGUUAAAGUGACUAUGCAUAUAUGGUAAACAGAGAGUAGCAGCAGUGGUUCCAGAUGUGUCCCAGUAUAGUUUCACUGUAGGAUGAGACAUGAUGAGUAAUCCUGGAUUUGGUUCCAGAUGUGUCCCAGUGUAGUUUCACUGUAAGGUACCAUAUGACUGCACUAAAUGAAGUUUGAGCAACAUAGUUGUUUUUUUACAAAUACUUGCUCGACACUUGAAAGCUAGUUCUAAUGAUAAGCUGUAGGACCACACUAUUUACCAAGAGAGUUUUCAUCUAUAUUUUCAUUUUAUUUUUAGUUUGAGCUGAAUGUCAUUUGAGCCAUGUCCCUUUGUUAUUAUUUCAUAAGCAUGUUAUGCACACCUGAUUCUGUUCUCCCUGAACACUUUCUUGUGUGUUUUAAUUGCCCCUGUACCUUAAUGUAUCAUGUCAAAAUAAAUCAUGCUGUACGUAUUUUUAAUCCACUCUACCAUGCCUUGAGAUUAGUCUCAUUUUGUUGAAGAUGAAUUGUUUGUUUGUGCAAAAUUGUGUACAGAUUUUUUUUAUAGGUCCAUGGUUAGUCAAAAUGUGUCUUUUAAUUAUUCAUAGAUGAGUGCCAUAGGAUUUAUAUUGACUAUCAUAAUCAAACAGCCAUCCUAUAAAGGGUGUUAAAAGUGCAGUGAAGUUCUGGAAGUGCUAGAAACCACCCAGUUUUGUGUGAACAACACGCAACACAGGCCUCUGCUUUUUAUUUUCUCUUGUGUGUAGACGAGAAAGAUUGACCCAGCUGACUUUCUGUAUCAUAAUGUACAUGGAGUUGAUUUCAGCUUUUGCUAAAUAAGCCACUUUAUUGUGAAGACUGUUGCUCUGAACGAUGUAGGUUGGUUGAUUGCACAAGUUUUGGUUGGUUGAUUGCACAAGUUAACAGAGGCUUAAUCUGAGCUAUGGCAUGCUGUGGAACCACAGGAGUGAUCAUAUUCAUUUCUAUCAUCUUGUUUUUUUGUUUAACUUUUUGUUUUUUCUUAUUUGAAACUACAAUAAAGCAUAGGGAUUUAGCCUUAAAUGCACCACUUGAAGGUUUGCUGAAUGUUUUUUAAGGUUAUUGUUUCAGCGUUAUGUACAAUAAAUAGGUUUUCAAAGCUUUAAAA